CUAAUAAUAAACGUCCUGAGUAAUGAGCGGCUUGGGCUGGAGCAGGCAAGGUGGCCGGAGCCGGGCGGGCCAGGAAGAGCGGCCUCCACAGGGCUUGUGAAGGGGGAUGGCCAUGGAGCUCUGCCCUGAAGAACAGUACUGGGAUUCUCUGCUGAACAUCUGCCUCUCCUGCAAACCUAUUUGCAGCCAUCAGUUUCCACGCACGUGUGCAGCAUUCUGCAAGUCGCUCAGUUGCCGCAAGGAGGAAGACAGGUACUAUGAUCAGCUCCUGAAGGAUUGCAUCAGCUGUGCUUCCGUCUGUGGACGUCACCCCAAGCAGUGCACAUACUUCUGUGAGAACAAGUUUAGGAGCCACGUGAACCUCCCACCAGAGCUCAAGAGACAACGGUCUGGGGAAGCUGAAACCAGGUCAGAUGACUUGGGAAGGUACCAGGGAACAGAGCACAGAGGCUCAGAGGCAGGCCCAGGGCUGAAGCUGAGCGCCGACCAGUUGGCCCUGGUCUACAGCACGCUGGGGCUCUGCCUGUGUGCAAUCGUCUGCUGCUUCCUCCUGGCUGUGGCCUGCUUCCUCAAGAGGAGAGGGGACCAGUUCUCCUGCCAGCCCUCAGCGGCACCAUGUCGGACCCAGGCCAAGUCCUCCAAGGAUCACUGGAUGGAAGCUGGAAGCGCCGCGGGCUCGCCGCCAGAGCCGGUGGAGACGUGCAGUUUCUGCUUCCCGGAGCGCAGGCAGCCCACCCAGGAGAGCGCGGGCGCGUCCCCAAACCCCGACGCCGCGCCCUCAGGGAGGUGGGGGCGCCUCGGCCGGACCUCGACCGCACAGCCCUGCGUGCGCGCCCCAGACCGCGGCCUUGAGGUCCUGUGCGCGCCCGCCGAGGAGGGAGGCCCCACCGCGUGACACGGAGGAAGGGUCACCGUCACCUACACACCUGCAGUGAAGCCAUCCAUACCUGCUGGACAGAGUCCCCGAGAGCCCUUCUUUAGAAAUAAAACCUUCCGCGGCUGCCCA